GCAUAAUGGGGAACUCAGAUUUUUAUUUUUAAAGGACGGGAAUUCCGUCAGCAUUUUUUUCUCUUGGACCAAUGCGGUUAUACCGCACCUUUUUCCUGUUGUUCCUUCGUUGACCCACCACCAUUCAUCAAUCUCCGCGUUGAGCUGAAGCGGCACGCUCCUUCCCCAUCUCCUCUCCUCGCUUUCCCUCCACGGAGCUUUUGUUUUCGAGGGUUAAUCGCUUCUCUUCGGCAAGGGAGAUGGGGCUGACUUUCACAAAGCUUUUCAGCCGGCUUUUCGCCAAGAAGGAGAUGCGCAUUCUGAUGGUUGGUCUCGAUGCUGCUGGUAAAACUACCAUACUCUACAAGCUCAAGCUGGGAGAGAUAGUCACCACGAUCCCUACCAUCGGAUUUAACGUGGAGACUGUGGAAUAUAAGAAUAUCAGCUUUACUGUAUGGGAUGUUGGUGGUCAGGACAAGAUCCGUCCACUUUGGAGGCACUACUUCCAGAACACACAGGGUUUGAUAUUUGUGGUAGACAGCAAUGAUAGAGAUCGUAUUAUUGAAGCUAGGGAUGAGCUGCACAGGAUGUUAAAUGAGGAUGAACUGAGAGAUGCUGUAUUACUUGUGUUUGCAAACAAACAAGAUCUUCCAAAUGCUAUGAAUGCAGCAGAGAUCACUGAUAAGCUUGGUCUUCACUCUUUGCGCCAACGCCAUUGGUACAUUCAGAGCACCUGCGCAACUUCUGGAGAGGGUCUUUAUGAAGGGCUGGAUUGGCUUUCCAACAACAUCGCUAACAAGGCCUAGGGCGAUCAUGGUGCCUUUUCGUGUGCUUCUGGAUGCAGGGGUAAAUAUUAUCUAGGUUUCUUGAGGAUUAUGACUGUAGAACUGCUGCUUCUGUUUGUCUUGUCCUGUCUUGUAUCUAGUCCCAGAGCGAACUCAGCUUUUUGACUCUGGAACCAAUCUGUCUGUGCAAGCUGUAAUAGAAUUUGCUUGAGGUUCUCUUGUGAACUUCAAUCUGCAAUGCCUUGUUUUAUUCUGCAACCACCAGUCGAUUUCAUGG